CUGCGGUUGUUGCUGUCCGCGGCGCUCGCUGCUGCUGGUGCUAGCGGUGCUACUUCUUGCACAUUGUGUAAGUGCGGACCUGGACCACGCUCGCCCCCUUCGCUCCCAUCGUCCCCGCCCUGGUCACAACUUCCCUCCUCAUCGUCAUGCUGGCAUUCUCAACAUCCUCUCCCCAGCGCCGCUCUUAUCCGCAUCGAGCAAGCGUGACGGCCCUGCCUCAAUCUCCGCAUCCUGCUCGACCUGAUCCGCCAUUUUUGAGCUUACCAGCCAGUUCUGGUACGGCAGAGCCGCCUUGCCGACCUUUUGUCACAGGGAGAGCGCCCCUCUGCAAUGCGAGAGGUGAUCGACUGGAUCCUUGAGCAGGCUGAGAGCUUUCCUGCCGAGGAUCUCUACGCCACCUUGGAGGCAUUGGGACCGCACUCCUCUCUGCUCCAUUACCUCCAUCGCUCCUUCACUCCAAGCAUGCCGGCUCUCAGGUUCAAGGUGCCGACGGGGAAGACACACGCCGAGCUCGACAUGCUGCGCAAGCGCCUACGUCGGCAAGACAGUCGCUCAAGAAUGGUCAGCAUACUGCUGCAGGCCUUCUCAAUCCCGGAGCUCCACUACCAACUGUCGACGAUAACCUCCAGCUUCUACGAGGAGAGUGCGCUGGCCAAGGAUUCUGCGCACACAAACCUCAGGUCGCACUCCCUCGCUCGCAUCUUUGCACGCUGGGCCUUCGGCGACUAUCCGCUGAAGGUAGAGCUGAGCAAGCUGCUCAAGCCACAGGAGCGAAGUCGCAUCAGGCGCCGAAAGGGGAGCUCGCUCAACAAGUCUCACUACUCGAGGAUGACUAGGAAAGCCUACAUUGAUUCACUGGCUAGAAAUUGCAUCACGCGCCUGCGACUAAAGAAGAAGCGGCUGGCGAGGGUGGGUCGCGGAGACGAGGCGGUCAUCCCGACCAGGGCAGCCCUAGGGAACAUCAUCAACAGGAAGCUUACGGAGCAACACGACAAGUGGACGAGGUGAAGGCUGCGCUCCCCCUUCCCCCCCUUCCCCCUCUCCUUACAACCUAUGCCCUCUCCGUCGUCAACGCUACACUCGAGCAAGACGCUGUCAUGGCCUCCUCGCGGCAAUGGGUGGAUAGCCGCUCGGUCCCACGAGCGGUGAACCAACGAUGACAGACCCUUUCCCACUCUUCGCACUCUCAUUCUUGUUCUUCUGCCUCAAUGUCUUCGUAGCUUGCAAUGUAGGCGUUGCGCUUCAUUCUCCCUCUACCUCGUCGAGACUC